CAUUCAGAAUAUAAUGGUAAAUUGUGUUAUUUAUAUAUAAAAAAAGUCCUAUCGUUGGGCAGUCAAUUUUCUAAGGCACGUCACCUCGAGCUGAAAGCCUGAAACUGCUGGGCAGUCACAAUUCUCAGCUUUCAAUUUCUUCAAACUUAAAAGUAUUUCCUGCAUUUCAUAUGUUAAGUUGAUUAUUUUUGGCUGAGAUUCCCUUAAUGAAUGCAAAUAAUAGUCUCAGAAAUUAAUUUUGUUACAGAGAUUGACUGUUGGAAAACUGGAAUUUCAUUUGUUAAAGACCAAGAUAAUCAUGUUGGUAUAAUGUCAUGUAAGAAAUGAUACUGUCGGGAUUUGGUAGACCCAUUUUCUAGAAGACUGGAAGUUAAGAAGGUUAUGUUUCAGUUCUCUCUUGCUUGCAUUUGAUAAUUGUUACUAAUUAACGGGUCCCACGCGUGGCCAGCCAAUUCAUCAUCACUUGGAUAUUAACCCUUACACCCAAACUUAUGGAUCUGAUCUUUAUCCACAAGGCAUGAGCUUUGUCACAUUACGCCUCGCUGUCAAAGUGUUAGGCCCAAACAAGAUCUAUCAGAUGACACCGGAUCUUAUCCAAGAAUCUAAGUAGCAUAUGGUUCUAAGUAGCAUAUGGUUCGACAAAGAAGCUUAUCAACUUGAGACAAAGGACCCAGUUCAGCCAAGAAAGGCUACUGGAGAUUUGAGUAGCCAUGGCAGCUUUACACUGCCACUUUCAUCCCACAAUAGAUAAAGUUUCCCAAAAUGUCAAAUCACAAUGGAGGUCUAUUUCCUGCUCAAUGCAGCCCUCUCAACCCAACAUCAAGGUAGUUAUAAAUGGAGCAGCAAAGGAAAUAGGAAAAGCAGCAGUAGUUGCAGUAAACAAAGCCAGAGGAAUGGAAGUGGCUGGUGCCGUGGAUGUUCAUCUUGUAGGACAUGAUAUUGGGAAGGUAUGUGGAAUGGAAGAGGCUAUGGAAAUACCCAUAAUAAAUGAUCUCACAAUGGUAUUAGGGUCUAUAUCGCAGUCAAAAUCAACCGGAGUUGUCAUUGAUUUCACCGACCCAUCAACAGUGUAUGACAAUGUGAAACAGGCAACAGCAUUUGGGAUGAAAAGUGUGGUUUAUGUACCUCGGAUUAAACCAGAUACAGUGACAGCAAUAUCUGCAUUCUGUGAGAAGGCCAGCAUGGGUUGCCUGGUGGCACCAACUCUGUCAAUAGGAUCCAUACUCCUCCAGCAAGCCACGAUUUCAGCUUCAUUCCACUACAACAAUAUAGAAAUUGUGGAAUCACGCGCAAAAGCAAUAGAUUUUCCAACAGCAGAUGCAGUCCAGAUAGCCAACAACCUCUCCAACCUUGGCCAGAUCUACAAUAGAGAAGAUAUCUCAACGGAUAUUUUGGCAAGGGGUCAAGUUCUAGGAGAAGAUGGAGUUCGUGUGCACAGUUUAGUCCUUCCAGGGCUGCCCUCCAGUACAACAGUUUACUUCUCUGGCCCUGGAGAGGUUUACUCUGUUAAACACGAAAUCACAGAUGUGCAGUGCCUCAUGCCAGGACUAAUCCUGGCGAUUAGAAAGGUUGUGCGUCUAAAGAAUCUGGUCUAUGGCUUGGAGAAAUUUUUGUAGAAAUCAAAGUUCCUACCAAUUACCAUCGCAUCGAUGUGAGCUUAUUCAUGUCUGCUGAUUUGUCAGAGAAUCCGCUUGAUCCUGCAUGCAAAUAUGUCACAGGAGAAACUUAAGCAAAUUUCAAGAGUAGUAGACGGACAUAUUUAGUACAAUGAAAAGUGACAAUAUAUCACUUCCAUUCACCAAGAAAUGUAACGUAAUGAACCUCCUACAGAAUGCUUAUUUUAAAUUUCAGAUAUAUAUGAUCACAGCAUUCCUUGA